UUAAAAGUGAAGAAAAUCUGAAAAAAGAAAUCCAAGCGGAUGAGUUUAGCUAAGUAUAAUAAGCUAAGAAAGAAAAUAGAAGAGUAGAGAGAGUAAAAAUGGUGGUUCUCUCUCCCUCUCUUCUUUUGCUCCCAACCCUCCCUUCCUUCAGGCAUGAACCGGGUAGUAAUGGCAGUGGAAUGCUAAGUCAUAAUUAUAGUAAUUACAGUACAAAAUUUCAUCAGAAAACUACACUAUGUUGCAGUGUUGCUUCAAAACCCACUUCCCCAAACGUGUUAUGGAGAAGGGAUUUGCUGCUCUUGGCUCUUUCUUCUUCGCUCUCCACACAUUUUCCAUCUUCAGGAUGUCUUGCUGCGGAAGAUGUAAGAAUGACUUCAUUAGUUGAUGAAAUAAAUGCUUAUACCUAUUCAUACCCAGUGGAAUUGCCAUCUAAGAAGUUCCUUUUUAAAUGGGUGGAAUCUAGAAAGCCAGAACGCUAUUCAUCUGCAGCACCAUUGUCUCCUGAUGCACGCCUACGCAUUGUGUCUGAACGUGUGGACAUUGUUGAUAAUCUCAUCAUUUCUGUUUCGAUAGGUCCACCGAAUGUUCAGUUUUUAAAGUCAAAGGAUAAGAAGACAUGGGCAGCAAAAGAUGUUGCUGAUUCUGUAUUGUCUGACAAGUCUGCACUGCGUGUCACCUCGAGUCAGCGGAUGAGUGAGAGUUCAGUUCUUGAUGCGCAUGCUAGUGAAAUUGAUGGCGAGCUAUAUUGGUACUAUGAGUACCUUGUUCGCAAAUCACCGACAAAAUCAGCUCAAGAAGCAAACCUGUACCGACAUUAUGUUGCUUCAACAGCUGAACGAGAAGGCUAUCUGUACUCUCUAAGUGCUUCAACUCUUAGCAUGGAGUGGACUAAGAUGGGUCCCUUAUUGGAACAGACUGUUGCAUCCUUUCGCCUUCUCCCUCCCACAGAUAAUUACGUUCCUCCAUACAAGGAUCCAUGGAGAUUUUGGUGACGGCCCUCUUUUUCUUUUUCCUUUUGUUUCGAUUGAUUUUUUUUUUCUUGUCUUGGGUCCACGAUGUUGAUAACAAGUGUAAAUUUUAAAGGGUUUCAACACUCUGUUAUCAUAACUUUUUCCCCCUUACUGCCAACCACAUUGAAAAAUUGAAUUGAAUGAAGCAACGUUAAUCAAGAA